CAGAAAACUAAUUUAGAUGGGGAAAUAUAUAUUACAUUAAUUUAUAACCAAUUAAUAUUUAGAGCACCGCUUGGCAAAAGCGCUGGACAAAAGCGAAUGGCCUAGACCUCCGAUGGUCAGAUGUCGACACGUUUCAGAGGCGUCUUCAUAAUGCAAUCCCACAUCCCGCUGCUAGGAUUCCUGGUCAUCCUACUUGGGAUCCUAAGUCGCGAAAAUGUCGACGCAGCUGGACUUCUAUCCUCGUCGGCACAGACCGAGGGAUGCCAAUGCUCCCUGACGAUGUCCUGCAGCUGUUGCCAGCGUGUUUCGGUUGAUCUGGUGAAUCAGAACAGUACUGUCUGCGUAUCCUUGGGCCUCGGCUUGACCAGUGGAACCAUCAAUUUAGGGGCCACAAUGGAUGGGAAUUCGGUGGCCGCGUUCUCCAUCAGCACCACCCAGCCACCCACAUAUUGCAUCCCUGUGGUCUCGAUGGUUUCCCUGGACAUGUGCAUCAAAGUUGGCAUCAAGAUGGCAGGAGUUGCGGUCAAGGCCUGUCCCACCUUUUAUACCAAUUUUGCCACGAGCCAGGUCGUGAGCUACGACUUUCCCUGCAUCCAAGUGGGCAUGAAUGGAGUUAGCCUGGUCUAGCAUCCAUAUGCGACACUAAAAAC